GCAGUGAACUUCCUGCUAGCAGUGGCAAUCAUGGUAAGAUUUCUAUGUUGCCAAAUGUGAAUACGGAACUGAAAACGGAUCCGAAUUUGAGUAAAGGGAAUGGAAAUGAUGGACUGCAGAUGAAUUGGGGAGUGCUUCAAGAAAUAUCUGAUUUAUUGAAAUCUGUGGAAAAUAGAAAAGAUGGAAAUCGGAAGAUCCUUGCAAUGGAAAAGAAGGUACAAGUGGAUGAGAUUAUUAACAUCUUAGCCACUGAAAUGAUUCAUUUCUCUGAUAAGAAAUCUCCUGUUGGUGAAGAUAAUAACACGCUGGGUGAAGCUGCCAACACAAUUGAGGAAUUGAAGCAGCUUUCUUCUUUGAUUACAAGUGACUUGGAAGAGAGAGAGACUUUGAUGAUUGGAGAACUUUUGAAAAGCUUGGAGUCGAGAAGGCCUAAACUCGACAUAUACCUUAGGCGGUCUGUUGUGCAGAAUAAUACAAAAGAAAAAUAUCAAAGUGUUGUAUCUUGUGACGAGGAAAUUUCUAACAGAAAUAGUAGUGAAGACAGCACGAAAAAUUUACCCGUCACUGUUGCUCCCGAAACACAAAGUAAGCUAAACCACAUCAAUGAUUAUAAAGGCAAGCAAGGAAAGGGAAAGGGCAAGAAUAAGAAGGGAAAGAAAUCGAAAGGUCGGAAAAAAUAAGCUGGAUGGAAGUCUUGUACAUUGAGCACUUGCAAACUAGUGGAAUUUCUGUAAAUAUUGCUGUUUUGAAACUGCAAUGAUUAUCAUGGCCUUCAUGCUCUGCCAAAUCCUUUUAAGGAGAAAAAUUACUGAGCUUUUGUUAGAUGGAACAUUGAUCGUGGCGCGAAAAGAAACAAGUGUCAUGUUGGGAUUAAGAGCCGAAACCAUUUGGAUCAACACAAUACAAGCAGUCGAAGAUGGAGCCCAGACAUAACACUGUGCAACCGCACACUGUAGUAACCCAUGUGGUGGCAAGGUGGUUGACUGAGACAAAAAAGAGAGUGAUGCAAGUGACUUGUGCGACCACAAUGAAGAAUACCAUGCGGUCGCAUAGUAGAAUUCGAGACCCAAAAUUUCCUGUUACGCGAAAUCUUUUAUUUUAGCUAGGAUUCUUAUUUUUGGUUACUUUUAAAUUCUAUAGCACUUUAAUUCCAUUUUUCCUUAGGGUUUUAUGAGCUUUGUAUAAAUAGACUUCAUUACUUUCAUUGUACCAACUUGGACAUUAUUGAGAGAAAUAGUUAGAGGCAAAUCCUUGCUUUCAAACUUAUCAAGAGUAAUCUUGUUCUUCUCAAAGCAAAAUUCGAACU